AUGCAUAAUUCAGGCCGUCCGACGACUCAUCUCGACAUCAUCAUCGGCCCGCAUCGAGACCAGUCGUUCGACUGCGUCCCAAUGCAACAACCUGCCACCGAUUCGGCACAUCUCGCACCUAUCAUUUACGUGAGAGCACGUCUUCUUAAAUGCCCCUCUAAAUCUGUUUCGACUUCAGCUUCAACCAGCCAACGAGCCAUUCGUCCAUCAAUCAAAUGCUCCGUACGCCGUCGAGCGUUUCCAUCCUUACAAGACCUGUUGGAAUACGAAUGCGGAAAUCUUCAACUUGAUCCUUGCCGCCGAUCUGAAUCCCGAUUCACCAUGCGUUUCAAAGCAUUUAUCAGUAAAGCCCAUGUCGAGGUAGAAUAUUUGAAUCCAUUGAAACAAGUUAAUAUCCUUUAUUCCAGCGCUCAAUUCAUUUAUCCUCGUCUCGACGGCGCCUGGUUCAAAAACGACACGUACAUCUGGCGGAAGCGUCGAGACGGCCGCAACACUCGCGAAGACCACAUGAAUCUGAAAGUGAACGGGAAGAAUGAACUGCUGGGAAAGUACGUGCACUCGGCCAUCGUGCCCACGUUUCAUCGCAGAGUUUAUAUGCUUCCCAAUGUAAGUUUCAUCUUUUUCUCCGCUUUUAAUUCCUUUUGCUUUAGAGCACUCAUGUACUAGUUCAUUAUCUGAAUGAAGCGCCGUUGGAUACACCUUUGGAAGAGGUCGCAGAAGAAAUCGCGAGAAGUAUUAAAGUGAACAACGUGGUCAUUUCUCUGGAGAAGCUUGUCGAUCAGAUUACAACUAUCUGUAAGUCAAGUGCUUUCCAUUUUUGCUUGAAAAACCUUAUCGGCUUCAGAUUAUAAUACGGAUCCGGCAGUGAUCGCACAGCUCGCGCGAGCCGUCGCAAAUCAUCUCAGGCAGAAAGGGAUCGUGCUCCAGAACUCUCCGGCUCCCCAAAUGCCAGUAACACCGACGAACAGAGAAAUACAGCUGGAACGGAGGAAUUCGUGCAGCUCGGCGUUCAAGAAGGGACUCUCCUCUGUGGCACUCAGAAGACAACCUUCAGCGAACAGCGAGAUUGACGCGAAUCAUAUUGGUGAGUCUUUUCUUUUUUGGAAGAUUCAUUUAACACGUUGCUCUACAGGAACCAUGCUGAAACGUUUUGGCUAUAAAGGCUCUUCCAAUGACAAACUGUCCAUAAUCGCCCCCGGCCUUCGAAUCAUUCUCCCAACCGAUUCCGUGCCAAUCACGCGGCAAUGGAAAGCAGAUCUCCCUCCGGGGACGGAGAGUUCUCCCGUCCGAUCACUUUCGAAGAGGACUCCCCACCGUACCAACAGUUCUCUAUCAAAUCUUCUACAAACGGCUCCACUCCAGCUUCUGCCUUUGCCGAAAAGAUGAAGAUUACGUCACAGGAGUCGCCGAUGGGACCGCCCGCAACCCCUUCCACCUGCUCCACCUCCGCUUCGUUGACUCCAAUUCUUGAGAUGACUCCCGGUAGUUCUCCAUUGAAAGGCGGUCAGAAGCUGCUGGUUGUCGGUGAAUAUUAUCGGAGGGGGCAAGAUUACAAGGUCUCUUUUGGCCGAGGGCGCUUGGCUUCCGCCUCCAUGAUCAAGGGAGGCGUUCUUUCGUGCAUUAUUCCGCCGUCGUCGAAGCCGGAAGUGGUUCAAGUACGCGUGUUUUGCAAUGGACAGGUAGACGAAAACACCGAGUGUACUGCGAAUAACAAAUUCACUUUCAGCCGGUGUCAACAGGCUCCGAGUUCACAUACGAAGCACCUGCGGAGCACGAUCAGAAGGAGAACGACGACAAGUUGGUGCAGAUAUUCGAGAAAAUACGAAUAAUGGCUUGCGCGUUCAACGCCUAUUCGGCUGUUGAGGUAUUGUCUAUUUCAAAGAUAUAAUAGUAUUAUUAUUGUAUUGUUGUCAUUGCAGAAGAUCCAAUCGUCAUCAUGUAUGGAAAGUCUUCUGACGAGCAUAGUACAACAGAUUGACAAUGAAGUUACAUCCCAAAGUACCAAAUUUCACACCGAGUUGCUCAACGGCUCCGCGCAGUUCCCCUCCAAAACCGUUCUCCAUCUCGUCGCCUCCUUCGACUAUGAUCGUCUAUUUGAAUCGCUCAUUGAUCUCAGUCGGAAAGUGCCUGCCUGUCGGGAGCUCAACAUCUUGGCUCGGGACAACGACGGAUCCACUCCGCUUCAUUCGGCCUGCGAACACUCCUCUUCUCGGAUUGCCCGUCUCAUCAUGUCUCUCGAUCCAACUGCGAUUGAAGUGGUCGACGAUCGGGGGAGAACGCCUGUUGAAGUUGCUCCCGAUCAUGGGAUUGCUCUGCUCGCGGAUAAAAGUAAGCUUUGAUAUAAUCUUCAUAAAUCCAGCAAAAUCCGGAUUUCAGACAACGAAGAAGAGCGAGUGAAUGCCACUGAGCUGUGGGUGAUGACGAAUGGGAAAACGUUCACAUGUGAGAACCUGCUCAGUGGAAAGAUCUCUCGGAAACCGAUGGCAGAAAAGGGCGAAUUGAUGCGAGAAGCCACUUCGAGUUACUCGGUCAUGUCGGAAAUGUACGACGGACAGCCGAGACUCUACCCGAGCACGUCCCGCGAAUGCGAUGAAGACUGUGAAUCGUGCUAUGAAGCCACCGAAAGAGGGCAGCUGCACGUGGAGAUUGCCAUGGAUACAGAUGUGCAUGUGCCGGAUUCUCCGAAGAUGGCACGGUUGUUCCAGGCAGUCACCAGUCCGGGCAUGGUAGUGACACCGAAUGCUCGCGCGAGGAUGGCCGAUCUUGCCCGACAAAUAAUCGAAGCAUUACCGGACAGAAUAAAGAGAAACUCGGAGAUGUCAAUGUUUCCGGACGAGGAAGAUUUCAGUCAAUUCCGGGGAACGGAUUCCCUUCUCUAUCAGCCUAGCUGUUCGAUGUCCGUGGAUUCGCCCAACAUGAUGGACGACUACAUUGAGAUGAUGGCUGCGGAUAUCGCUGCAAAAAAUGAUCCGUGAGUAGAAACAAGAGGGUCGCAAACUCAAGCAGUCAAAAUCCCAGGAACUUAUCCGUUUGCAGGUUCGCAGAGCCGCGAUCCACCGAAACCACCGAAACAAGCGCGAGCCGAUCUGCGCAGUUGUUCGCCUCACAGUGCAAUGUUAGUAGUCCUCUUGUCUUGCAGAUUGCGAGAGUUUAGUCUGUUGAGCGUGAAGUGUUCUGCUGCCCACGCACCCUUAUUCUGAUCCUUUUCAGUUCUUCGACGAUCGUUCGUUUGCGUCGUCGUCGACAAGAGCAAACACGUUUGAAAGCGAUACUCUGGACUUUGACAAGUUGGUUUUUGAACGAGCGUAGUUCACUGCAUAAAUAACAAUAUUACAGAGACCUCGGCGAGUUUUUCACAAUCCACGUCGACCAUUGCAUCGACCCGAUCCAGCAGAGACUGGCGAAUCUCAAGUACAACGGUAAGAGGGAAAAGAAAAAGGUGUUCAUCUCGCUGCUCACACAUGUGAAUCUCACGGGGCGAAAUAAGAAGAUAUGUGUGGUCGAGCACACCGUUUUGACGUCACACGAGGAGUACUUCUUUUUCGGUCGAAGAAUGCAGCUGACUCUUGGUUUUCAUGGGAAAGGUUGCACACACUCUCUCUCUCUCUCUCUCUCUCUCUCUCUCUCUCUCUUUCCCUUCUUCAAGUUUGCAAACGAACUGUGGCUAUUUCCUCCGUUAUCCCGAAUGUUUUGUUUCGCCGAUCGGCUCUCUCACUUGAGAGUCCUCCCGAAACGGGGGGCACAUUGACGUCAAUCGAACACUUGAAGCUUCUCGCAUCCCCCUUCCUUCAAAGACCGUCUAGCCGAUCAGUCGACCUGGCUCCUGUGCUCCCAGCAACUUCUCAUUUCGUUUUUCUUUGAAGUCGGCUCAGAUUACUGGAAUUUCUUCUUCCGCCUUCUCAUUCUUCUUCUUCUUCUUCCUCUUCUUCUUCUUACUCUUCUCAAUUCUUUCGCUUGUUUGCACCUUUCGCUUCCGCCCGUUAUUGUUGAUGUGAUCCAGGUGUGAAACCGCCUCCCGUGGCUGUAAAAUCAUCGGUUACUACGAAGAGAUUCCGCCCGUUUUAUAUCUGCACAGAGCAUUCGCUCAACUUCGCGACCAGAAAGAUUGCUGUCACUCGGAAUAGUGCUGGUGUUUGAGCAUAUGUUAUUACUUUCCGUGAUGCUCUCAAAAUGCAAAACUGAUAAGCGUCAAUUGGUCAUGUGUUGCUGUCACCUUUCCCAGAUUUAUUGCUUUUUUCACAUAACGUUUUUUGCAUAUCUUCCCCCGUCAGAAUCGUGCAAAAUUUCUUCCGAAACUCGCCCGUCUUUUCGUACUUUCAAUCCGUUUCUUUCUGUCUGCUACUGUCUCUUUGAGUAAUACAAGUACAAGGUAAACUAACGCCCACGCCCAACAACCCCGCUCAUCAGAUCCUCUCCGAUCCGAUCCUCUCCGAUCGAAUGCGAUCGCGAUCAGAGGCGAAUCGGUCAUCUGUGCUCCGCCUGCCGAAGGGCCCCUGAGGUCGGCUGAACCCUCCCCGACUGACGUCAAUGGCGGGCGGCCAAUUGUCAAUCUGCUGGCCGAGCCGUCUCAGUUUCGUUCUCAGGAAUUCCGAACUUGCAACCAAAGAGCCCGAGUGUCACUUUUGAUGCAGUUUCCGCAAACUCGUUGUUAUCUUUCGAGAAUUUUACACAGUUCUCUAAUGCCAUUCUUUGGUCACUGGAACAAUUGCAAACCGGGUUGUCCUCUGAAAUUGUCUAUCACAACAACACGAUUAUUUAGCACAAGACUUCGAACCUUUGCGCGGACUGAUGAUAAGAAUGAUAAUCGCUUCCUCCUUCUCAUGGUCAGUUGACCUCUCGACCCUCUCAACUUUUCACGGACUCCGCCCAUCGAGUAAACUCCUGGCGCGAAGAGUCUGUGAGCUCAAACCAUUCUUCUUUUCUUCUCUUGUCCGUUUUGCUCCUUUCUCUCUCUCUCUCUUUCUCUUUCUUAUGAGCUCGUUGCUUUCCAGCCCCUCAUUGCGUAGGACCGUGCUCUGAACCGAGCUCUCUUGGCGGAACCGAGCCACCACUAGAUACCCUCCCAUAUUAAGAAUGGUGUUCUCCCGAUUGAACCCGAGACGGUCCGCUCUCGACGCUGACGAUCACUUGUUGUACCGGGGAUUCUGUGGUGAGCAGUGAGAAUGGCAACACAUUGGGAUUCGGUCCGCAAACGAUUCACUAAACCAAUGCCCCUUCAGAUGACGAACAGCGUGACGUGUACGAAGCGGCGAUGGUAAUCCAGAGAGCGUACCGGGAGUACCGUGCUCGCAGCACCACUCGCCGUCAAGAAGACAUCGAACGUCGCGCGGCUUUAAAGAUUCAGGGAUGUUAUCGGAGAUACAAACAAUUCUGUUAUUUCAAGAAGCUGCACAACGCCGCCAUCGUUGUUCAGAAGCACUUCCGAAUGAGGAAGGUGAGUCACAGUCGCUCUCCGUUUCUCAACCGCGUUUUUUUUCUUUUCAGCGUGACGACAAGGAAGAAGGAGCUGUUGAGGCGGUGAUCGCCAGUGUCCCGGAGCACCCGACUCUCGACGGACAGUCCAUCUGCAUCCAGGUGCCGAAGACGAACUCGACGCUUCUCCGCGAGCGGGCCGCCACCACCAUCCAGGUGGCCUACCGCUACAGACACAGAAAGAGACAGGCGGCCGCCAGAAAGAUCCAGAACUUCAUGCGACAAAACCGUAACAAGUGAGUGCAUCAUCGAGUAUUAUGAAAACUCAGUAUCCUAUUGAACUUUGAAAACAAAAGUGCUCAUUUAAACUAUUCAGUACAAUACUAGAAGACGGUCAUCCGCAUCUCAUCGUAAGUUUCCUAAACAUCGUUCUGUUCACAUCGUUACGUGAUAGUGAUAGUGGCUCGUACACCCUUAUUUCCCAUUACAAAAGCAUCUAUUGACCACGGCCUUCAUCCGAAACGCUUGCAUAUUUCCGUUGCUUUUAGGUUGCGGAAAAUGCAUGCGCAAAACGAAGACGGUACAUCGCCUGCCCGAAAGCCAGCGGAGAGCAACGCAACAAACGAGAUGCUGACGGCGAACGGAAAAGAGGUGAGUGCAAAAACAUCGUGAAUAUCCUAAAUAUUGUAACUGUUUUCAGAUGCUCUCCUCGAUGCCCCAGACUACAUUCCGGGCGGUUCAUCCGCAUCACAUUAUCGACCAACACAUUACCAUCAAUGGGACCAAUUGA